AUGUCUACUACCUUCAGAAAAGUUCUGUCCAAGAAUAAUGGACCCAUUCGCAUUUGCGAGGUCCAUGAUCGUGCCUCAACUGAGCUCGUCCGAGAUUCAGUCGCGAACAAUGGCCAGUCUUUCGAUGGCGUCUGGAUCAGCGGUCUUACUCAGACCACUAUUCUCGGGCUCCCUGAUACUGAGCUCAUCUCUCCAUUGGCACGAGCAAUGCUAGCUACCCCCGUACACAAGCCACUCCAGGAAAACGGGCGAUCCCUCUGUGCAGCUUUUGAUGCUGACAGUGGAGGUGAUGUGAAGGACAUCCCCGCUCUUGUGUCGGUUCUGGCACUCAAAGGUGUCUCUAUGAUCAUCAUUGAAGACAAGGCGGUUGGAAAACCUGGAGAGAAGGUGAAUUCUCUUCUUGCCACGUCUGGCCAGCAGGGUCAAGCGGAUCCCCGAGAGUUUGCCAACGUCAUCCGUGCAUUCAAGGAAGCAUCGCAAGACAAGGAUGUCAUGAUCACUGCCCGCAUCGAGAGCUUCACUACUCGAGUCGCCAGCAAGGAGCCAGAAGAGGAGAAGAAUAAGAGCAAGGAACCCAGUGAGAUCAUCAAUUUCCUGCAGAGCUUUCGCAAUAAGGAUAAGGAAACGCCCCUUGUUGUUGUCCCUACGGCGUAUUCUGAGACGCAUCGUAGCGUCCUUGCUGAUGCCGGCGCUAAUGUCUUCAUCUACGCGAAUCACUUGCUGAGGGCAAGGAUCAGCGCAGCGACGGUGACCUUGGAAGAGGAACACAGUCAGAAGUUGAACAUUUUCGACAACGACCAUGAUCUUGGUCCUUCCCGUAAAGCACGCAAUUAUGCAUGUCUUUUGCGGAAGUUGGCAGAGCAGCGAUACCUUGGGGAGCAUAACGAGCUGCUUCAAAUCAACGCCAAGCAGGUCUCUCCUCUUUGA